CUCUCCGCCGCCCAGCUCGUUCGCGCCGCCUGCCGCUCCUCCGCCAGAUCGGACCAUGCAUGGCUCCUUUGCUCCGCCCGUAGUGCCACCGCCGCACGCACGCGUACAGCCAGCAGCUCCGUCGCCGCCGCACACGGAGCUUGCCAGGCGCUACGGCCUGCCAGACCCGUUUCCUAGCGGCUACGAGCCGUCAGAGCGCCUUGUCCCCGGGCAGCCGCUGCUCAACGGCGGAAAGAUGCUGCUGCCGCCGCGAGGGCGCCCGUGCCACAAGUGUGAGUGCCCAGUGUAGAUGCUACUUCGUGAUGUUGACAGUCGUCCGCAGGUGCCUACACGGGCUACAAGGCGGGCGAUGCGGCGCGACCAUGCCGGAGGUGCUGGAUGUCCUUCGGCGUCGGCUAUCCCGAGCAGGCGCUGCGCGUGCUGAGCAUGCAGUACAAUCGCGCCGAGCUCGAGCUGCAGCGCGGUGUGCCGCUUUGGACUCGACCAAAUGCGCUGGCGCUGUACAACACGCCCGUGCUGCCCGUCGAGCGACCCGUGGUCCCGGCGCCAGCUCGGCAGCCACGACGGCCGGUGCCCGCGACGACGCGUACCGAGGCCGCGAGCGAGUCUGCCGCUGAUGCCGACGGCGAGGCACCACCAUCGUACGAGGAUGUUCAGCGAGCGCCGAGUGACGCGCGGCUGCCACCACAGCGGACAGGCGCGGCAGCAGCAGCGGAUGCCGCCGGCACGAGUGCACCAGCUGCGGCCGCCACAGCAGCGGCAGUCUCUCCGUCAGUCGCGCCGUCGCGGCCUUCCAGCCAGUACCAGGCUCCAGCCGGGCCGCCGCGCGUGCCCUCACACGGCUCGGGGCACUAUCCAGGCCAGCAGGCGCCGUACAUCCACGGCGCCCCGAUGCCGCACUUUGCGCACCAGACGUCUGCCACCUUCGUGCCGCAGGGCAUGAUGUUCCGUCGCCCGCCGCCGGGCUCCGUCGUGGUGCAGCCUGGCGAUCCGCGCAUCGGCGGACGGCUGUGCUGGAAGUGCGAUGGCGCAGGCGUGCGCAUGAGGUGAGUGAUGGGCUGACCUUGGUUGCGUUUGGCUCUGACGCGUGCCUCGCCGCAGUCUCUUCUUUGGCGACGAGACGUGCUACCACUGCAACGGCCUCGGACGCAUCCGGU